CGCUCGGGCUGGCCUGGGCGCUGCUGUGCGAGGCGACGGAGCCGGAGCCGGCGCCCGUCGUGCGAGGCUCGGGCGCGGGGAGUGAGCAUCGCUUCCGUGGGCCCCAGGGCCGCGGCCUCUGCGCGCGGCGGCACCACCUGUCGCGGGGGUGAAAGAAAAGAUGUUGUCCCGGCUAAGAGUAGUUGCCUCUCCUUGUUCUCUAGCAUGUCGGCAUUUAAGUACAAAAGAGAAAGGCAAGCCGCUUAUGCUGAACCCAAGAACAAACAAGGGGAUGGCAUUUACUUUACAGGAACGACAAAUGCUUGGUCUUCAAGGACUUCUACCUCCCAAAAUAGAGACACAAGAUAUUCAAGCCUUACGAUUUCAUAGAAAUGUGAAAAAAUUGAAUGGACCUUUGGAAAAAUACAUCUACAUCAUGGGAUUACAAGAAAGGAAUGAGAAAUUGUUUUACAGAAUUCUACAAGAUGAUAUCGAAAGUUUAAUGCCAAUUGUAUAUACACCAACAGUUGGUCUUGCUUGUUCCCAAUACGGACACAUCUUUAGAAGACCUAAGGGAUUAUUUAUUUCAAUCUCAGACAGAGGUCAUGUUAGAUCAAUUGUGGAUAACUGGCCAGAAAAUCAUGUUAAGGCUGUUGUGGUGACUGAUGGAGAGAGAAUUUUGGGUCUUGGAGAUCUGGGUGUCUAUGGAAUGGGAAUUCCAGUAGGCAAACUUUGUUUAUAUACUGCUUGUGCAGGAAUACGACCUGAUAGAUGCCUGCCUGUGUGUAUUGACGUAGGAACUGAUAACCCAGCGCUCUUAAAAGAUCCUUUUUAUAUGGGCUUAUAUCAGAAAAGAGAUCGCUCACAGCGUUAUGAUGAUCUGAUUGAUGAAUUUAUGAAAGCCAUUACUGACAGAUAUGGACAGAACACACUUAUUCAGUUUGAAGACUUUGGAAAUCAUAAUGCAUUCAGGUUCUUGAGAAAAUAUCGAGAAAAAUAUUGUACCUUCAAUGAUGAUAUUCAAGGAACAGCAUCAGUUGCUCUAGCAGGUCUUCUUGCAGCAGAAAAAGUUAUUGGUAAACCAAUCUCAGAACACAAAGUCUUAUUUCUUGGAGCAGGAGAGGCUGCCCUGGGAAUUGCAAAUCUUAUAGUUAUGGCUAUGGUAGAAAGUGGCCUCUCAGAAGAAGAAGCACAAAAGAAAAUUUGGAUGGUUGAUAAGUUUGGUUUAUUAUAUCAGGGGCGGAAAGCAAAAAUCGAGAGCCAUCAAGAAGCAUUUGCUCACUCACCUCCCACAAGCAUACCUGACUCUUUUGAAGAGGCAGUAAAUACACUUAAGCCUUCAGCUAUAAUUGGAGUAGCAGGAGCUGGCCCCCUUUUCACUCCUGGGGUGAUCAAAGCCAUGGCUAACAUCAAUGAACGUCCUAUAAUCUUCGCAUUAAGUAAUCCUACAGCAAAGGCUGAGUGCACUGCUGAAGAAGCAUAUACGCUUACAGAGGGAAAGUGUUUAUUUGCCAGUGGCAGUCCAUUCGGGCCAGUGAAACUCAAUGAUGGGCAACUCUUCACUCCAGGCCAAGGAAACAAUGUAUAUAUUUUUCCAGGUGUGGCUUUAGCUGUUAUUCUUUGUAAUACCCGGCAUAUUAGUGACCAUGUUUUUCUAGAAGCUGCAAAGGCCCUGACAAGUCAAUUGACAGAUAAGGAACUAGCUCAAGGAAGGCUUUACCCACCACUUGCUAAUAUUCAAGAAGUUUCCAUUAACAUCGCUGUUAAAGUUACAGAAUACCUGUAUGCAAAUAAAAUGGCUUUCAGAUACCCAGAACCUGAGGACAAGGAAAAAUUUGUCAGAGAAAGAAUAUGGCGAAGUGAAUAUGAUUCUCUGCUGCCGGAUGUUUAUGAAUGGCCAGAAACUUCAUCGAGCCCUCCCCAGAUAACCGAAUAGAAGAAUUGCAAUUAAAAACACUUUCCACACCUUUCAGGGAACACUCCCCCAGCCCAGACAAAAAGAGAUAAUGUUCUUAAAUUUCCUUUUCCCCUCUGUUUUAUUUUUAUCACUUUGCUUGACUUUCUCCAUGACUCUCACAGGGUAAAUGUAUUGGCUUCCCUUUUAAUUCUUUCCAGUACUCCACAGUCAAAUAGCCAUAGUCCUUCACUCUUUACUUGUAGCCCUUAUCACAACAAAGAGCUGCUAAAAAUGUAUUUGUGAAUACCCUUACCUGUACUUCUGUUCACACUUGCCAAAGUAUUUGCUAUUUACUAUCUGGGUACUUUUCUCUUACUCAGCUCUUUUAGGGCUACUAAAACAGAAAUUUACUUCUGUGAUAUGAAAGAGCACAGGAUUAUGAGAAGCCAGAAUAACCAAAUUCUAAGGAUAAAUCAUCAGUAUCAAAAAAAAGCUUUUUAUUUAUGCUUCAUUUCACCUUCACGCUCCAAAAUUCCAGGAUAAUAGAUAAGCCUAGAGAAAUACAAAAAAUAUAGCAUAUUUAUUUUCCAAUAUCAAAUUGAGGCUUAACUAUAACAUUUUGAGAGGAAAAAUGGGUACUUCUGCUGCAUUUAGAGAAAUAAAAUAGAUAUUGUUUUCAAUGGUGUAUAAAAAUCAUAGUGUAACUAUUUAAUAAAAGAAAUACCUUAAAUUUAAUUGCUUCAGUUAUGCUAUUUUAUUGCCCAACUAGAAACUUAGAUGUGUUUUUAUGAAAAACAUUUUUAUUUUGUUUACUUAUAGAAGAUCUGAAGUAUGGGAAUACAUGAUACAGUUUUAUAAGUUAUGACUGGUAUCAUGUGACUUUUAACAAAUUAGUCAUGUUUCACAUCUACAUGAGUCAUUUAACUGGCAUUGUUAUACCCCUGUUCCAAUAGCGAUGUUCUUUAUUACUUGAAGUAAUUUUGGAAUGUCCCUAGGAUACUUCAUUGCAUGUUAUUAGUAACACAUCCUUCUCCAUUGAAGAUUUUUUUUAACCACUCAGAGCUAACUAUUAGGGGUGAGUGAGGUAGGUAGGUGUUCAGGCAAGCAGUUCCUUUUUUAAUCCCACUAAGAUGGGAAAUAAUCACUUGGUAAGAGCAGUUUUCUUGUGUGUCACGUAUUGAAGAUUUCUAACAGCAAUUCCAAAAAUAUUUUGAGAAAUAGUAAAAUUCCUAUGUAUUUACCUAACAUAGUUGCUUUGAAGAAACAUAACUUUUAAAUGUUCUAGAAUUUAAACUAGAAAAAGAUUAUUGCUACAUAUCAACAGUUAAUAUUUAUCACCAAUAUCAUUAUUAUGUUAAAUGUGAUAUUCUGUAAGUGAAAGAGAGUGGUCUUCAUGUUGUUCAACUUUCUGCCUGUAAGUAAUUGCUUCAUAAUAGCUUUGAAUAAGUCAGUGUUUCAAGAAUGCUUGAAAUGGAAUUGCCACUUGUAUAGGAAAGUACAAUUGAUAGUUUGCUCCUAAGACAGUCAAGUUGGAAGUAUGCUUACAUAAAAAUUUGUUUUGUAAAAUGA